CUUUAGACAAUGAGACUAGAGAUGCUCUUCAGGAUACCUACAAUCUGACCAGCGUGCUAGCAGGAGUGGUUCAUCGAAGUUCUACUAAUCUCAGUGACCCAGUCUUAUUACAGAGUAUUCAGUUGCUGCAGAGGCUAACCUACAAUGUUCCAGUCUUUUGUGCUGGUGCCAACAUCGAUGAAUUAAUUUCAUUUCUAAUGCAUCAUGUUCAAUCCACUGAAGAUGAGUUAACGAUACCGUGUUUAGGACUCCUGGCAAAUCUCUGUCGUCACAAUUUGUCUAUUCAAACUCAGAUAAAAUCUUUGAAUAAUGUGAAGAGUUUUUAUCGUACCCUAAUAAGUUUCCUGGCCCAUAGUAGUUUGACCAUGGUUGUGUUUGCACUUUCAGUAUUAUCAAGCCUUACUUUAAAUGAAGAAGUAGGAGAAAAACUUUUUCACGCUCGAAAUAUCCAUCAGACAUUUCAGUUAAUAUUCAAUAUUGUUGUAAAUGGAGAUGGUACUCUAACAAGAAAGUACUCUGUUGAUCUACUCAUGGAUCUUCUGAAGAACCCCAAAGUUGCAGAUUAUCUUACCAGAUAUGAGCACUUUACCUCAUGCCUUGGUCAAGUAUUAGAUCUUCUUCAUGGAAGGGAUCCUGAUUCAUCAUCUAAGAUCUUAGAACUGCUGCUUGCCUUCUGUUCUGUGAUAGAACUGCGUCACACCCUGCGGCAGGCAAUACUGGAACCAUCUGGCUUGCCAGUCUCUGGAAAUACCAGAUUUGUGACUCGCUCAAAGACUUUUGAACCAUCUGUUGCAUUGGUGCACUUGUCAAACCAACCAUUGGAAGGCUCUGAGGACUGUUCAGUUCUAGCACUACAACUAUUCAAAGAGAUUUUUGAGGAUGCUAUUAAUACUGGGACCAGCACCUCAGCUGAACACUUUGUGGAUCUUUUGGUGCCUGUUCUUCUUGAUCAUCUUCAGAUGCCAGAACAGAUUGUGGAUGAGCUAUUAGUGAAGAAAAAGUGUGAAAGAAUGGUCAAAGCUAUUAAUGUCCUGACAAAUAUCCUUUUUAUGUGCCUAUUGACA